GGGGCACCGUCACGCGUGGGGAGGGACGCAGGGCGCCCGCAGGCUCAACUCCCCGGCUCCCUCCGAGAGGGGGUGGGGCGUAGGGGCCGGAGCCGAAGGCCUGGUGGCUCCCCCUCCCCCUCCCUUCUAGGUCCCUGACCUGAUUACAGCCCCUCACGGGACCCCCUCCCUCAAGACCCUAAGUCCCCAAUUCACCCCCACCCAGCCUAUCCCUAACCUCUCAUACCCUUCCCUCCUGAGGUCCUGACCCUACAGAAGCCCCUCUUGAAGGAGAGGGAGCCCCUGUAGGGGGUGCUCGAUUCCCUGGCCGCUGCGGACACUGCCCCCUCCCCCCUCCUCUCCAGGUUCCAGGCCAGCCCCUCGGCUCCGCCCCCUCCCUGGACGAACGCAAGGCGAGACCUACUGGAGAUGAGCGGGACCGGAGCAGGGCCCCAAGCCCCCGGGCCUGGUGGGGGACGCGCUUCUUCCCACACUGUGAGCCUCAGCAGCUCCAGCCAGCGGACCCGACGGCUGAGAGGAGCCCCAGAACCAGGACUGGGGGAUUUGGAGCUGGGCAGAGACUUAACCCCCACAGCACCGGGAAGCAGCCAACUCCCCUCGCCUCCUUCCCCCUUCGUGGCUUGCGGUCUCUCUUCCCCGCCUCGGCCCCCAGGAAGUGAAGAUGUUACAGCCUGGUCCUCAUCCUCCCUCACCCCAAGCUGCUGCUCCUGGAGAAGCCUGGCCAGGCCCCUCUCAGGCUCCCUGGCAGAGCCUAGAGGAGAAGAUGGGGAGCCCCGAGGAUGACCUGAUUGGGAUUCCAUUCCCGGACCACAGCAGUGAGCUCCUGAGCUGCCUCAAUGAGCAGCGCCAGCUGGGCCACCUAUGUGACCUCACCAUCCGGACGCAGGGCCUUGAAUACCGCACUCACAGGGCUGUGCUAGCUGCCUGUAGCCACUACUUCAAGAAGCUUUUCACUGAGGGCGGUGGCGGAGCUGUCAUGGGGGCCGGGGGCAGCGGGACGGCCACUGGGGGAGCAGGGGCCGGUGUGUGUGAGCUGGACUUUGUAGGGCCAGAGGCACUAGGCGCCCUCCUUGAAUUUGCCUAUACAGCCACACUGACCACCAGCAGCGCCAACAUGCCAGCUGUGCUCCAGGCUGCCCGCCUGCUGGAGAUCCCGUGUGUCAUCGCUGCUUGCAUGGAGAUUCUGCAGGGCAGUGGGCUAGAAGCUCCCAGCCCGGACGAGGAUGACUGUGAGCGAGCCCGCCAGUAUCUGGAGGCCUUUGCCACAGCCACGGCCUCUGGAGUUCCCAAUGGUGAAGACAGUCCUCCACAGGUGCCCCUCCCACCACCUCCGCCACCGCCACCUCGGCCUGUUGCCCGCCGCAGCCGCAAGCCCCGGAAAGCUUUCCUGCAAACCAAGGGGGCCAGAGCAAACCACCUAGUCCCUGAGGUGCCCACAGUGCCCGCCCAUCCCUUGACCUAUGAGGAGGAGGAGGUGGCGGGCAGAGUGGGCAGCAGUGGGGGCAGUGGGCCGGGGGACAGCUACAGCCCUCCCACAGGAACUGCCUCCCCUCCUGAGGGGCCCCAGAGCUACGAACCCUAUGAGGGUGAGGAAGAAGAAGAGGAGCUGGUAUAUCCCCCAGCCUAUGGGCUGGCGCAGGGUGGCGGGCCCCCGCUGUCCCCAGAGGAGCUGGGCUCAGAUGAGGAUGCCAUCGAUCCUGACCUGAUGGCCUACCUAAGCUCCCUGCACCAGGACAACCUGGCACCAGGCCUGGACAGCCAAGACAAGCUGGUGCGCAAACGCCGCUCCCAGAUGCCUCAGGAGUGCCCUGUCUGCCACAAGAUCAUCCAUGGGGCAGGCAAACUGCCUCGCCACAUGAGGACCCACACAGGCGAGAAGCCCUUUGCCUGUGAGGUCUGCGGUGUUCGAUUCACCAGGAACGACAAGCUGAAGAUCCACAUGCGGAAGCACACGGGAGAGCGCCCCUACUCAUGCCCGCACUGCCCAGCCCGCUUCCUGCACAGCUACGACCUCAAGAACCACAUGCACCUGCACACGGGGGACCGGCCCUAUGAGUGCCACCUGUGCCACAAGGCUUUCGCCAAGGAGGACCACCUGCAGCGCCACCUCAAAGGCCAGAACUGCCUGGAGGUGCGCACCCGACGGCGCCGCAAGGACGAUGCACCACCCCACUACCCGCCACCCUCUACCGCUGCUGCAUCCCCCGCUGGCCUCGACCUCUCCAAUGGCCACCUGGACACCUUCCGCCUCUCUCUAGCUCGAUUCUGGGAGCAGUCAGCCCCCACUGGGCCCCCGGUCUCUACCCCAGGGCCCCCUGAUGACGAUGAGGAGGAAGGGGCACCCACCACACCCCAGGCUGAAGGUGCCAUGGAGUCCUCUUAAAGAGGGACGAGGGCCAGACUGAAGCAGCACAAGGCCGGGGACACCCAUGCCAAGCAGUGGGAGCACGCAGGACAGACACAGCAGGGGUCUGGGGCACGGAGCCUUGCUGGCAUCAGCAUCAGCCCUUCCUCCCAGAGCCCUCAUUCCAAUUCCAAGCUAAGAAGGUAUUGGGGCAGAGGCUCCCCAAAUUGGGGUGAUCCCCCAAGGAGUGAUACAUAUAUUGUGUAUAUAUUUACAGCUGUAUUGUAAAAGUGGGGUCCCUGUCCCCAGCUGCUCCUGGGGAGUAGAAGCAAUAAUGUAUUUCUGAUUUGUGGGUCCCACUUCGGCUAUGCGGGUUUCUAGGGGGUGGGGGCUUGGGACCAAAGCCUUGCCCCGCCCCUAUGCCCCUUGGGGGUUUUGGCUGUGUAAGGGGGUGAGGGACUGCCCCUCCCUUCCCUUCCGAGACCCCUCCUUCCUGGUUUCUGUUCCUUUUUCCUGGCAGUGAAUUAUGCAAAGGGGGCCGGCAAAGGAAGGGUAGGUGGGGGAAAGCCAGGUGGAAGCUUGAAAGACUGGGGGACUGGGCCUGUAAGGAAGGAGCCAUCCCAGUCCCCCUCCGCCCUGCUCCCGGCGCUGAGUCAUGGGGUCGUGGAGAAGGGGGCGGGGUGGCCUGAUUGGCUCGCCUGCCCCUGGGGGCAGUAGAGGGGCCCCGCCCAGCUAGGGGAGCCGCUCCGUUCCACUCCCCUCCCUAUCCCUCCCUCCCCACGGCCCUGGGCAGGGAAUGUCUUGUUCCCGCCGCUCCCUCCCCGGGGCCAGAGGGCAGGGCGGGCCGGGCGGCGUCCUACCCUCUUCUCCUCCUCCCCAUCUCCUCCCCGCCCAGGUGCGAGCCGGAGCCGCCGCCACCGCUGCCGCCCCUGACUCACGCCGCCCCCGGGCUGGCGCAGCGAAGGGUGUGGGACAGGGUAAGGGGUUGGAAGAGCCUUGUGGAGAGCGGGCGAGCCGGCGCCAUCUGGCGGCCAUGCUCUGAGUGGGCGAGCGCCCCCCGCGGCCACUGGAGCGAGCUGUCUUCACGCUCCUCAUCCACCCCAGCUGGUGAGCGGCGCCCCCUUGCCAAGGCAGUGGGCACAGAACUUCUCGCUUGGCCGCAGGGGAAGGGGCUGCGGACCUGUGGGAAAGUGAUCCCCUUCCCAGAUCCUUGCCAGCCGGGCUUCCUGUCAGGCAGGGGAGAAUAAUCCCCACUCUGCUCUUAGGAUUGAAUCCACCCCCAUUCUGUACAUAGCCUCUUCUGUUGGUCUUGUUGAAAUCUAGUUUCAGAUUUUUAACUACCCAAUUCUGCUGGGGGUGGGGGACACCCCCCCUUCCUCGCUGGGUGCUGGACCCCUUUUGCAGCCUGGGCUCUGCCUUGCACUAUUUCCCCUUCCUGGCCUGACGGCUCCUCCCCCUCCUUAAAAGGGGCAGGUUCAGGGGCCCGGUGCUCUUCCUCCCUUCCACGCACCCCCAUGCCCAUUUGCACAGCUGCCCAGGUACCCCUAACAGUGGGGAGGGGUCACAGGGAGGGGGUAGCGGGACCAGUCCCUGUUAUCUAUUUAAAAAGUGAUGAUGUAAUAUAUUGGGGUGGCGGGGAGAUCGGGUUGUCCUGGGCCUCAUCUUAGCAUUUCAGGUGAUGGGGGGAGCCCAGGGCUGGGGAGACCUGGGGCCCAGCCCCAGAAAGUGGGGACAAUGUGGCCUCCCUUCUCCCUACUUUCGGCUUUCCCAGUCAGUGCCUUAGGGGGAGAGGCACUCCCCCCCUCCUAUUCCCUUCCCCCCAUCCCAACUCCCCCACCUCGGGUGUAAGCGACAGGAAGAAAUAAUAAUAAUUUAAGAUUCA